CACGCCUCCGCCGCUCACCGAUUGGUUACCCGAAAAACGUCAACAAGGCUGAAAGCGGAAGUUGUUAGCUGAUGGACACGGGGAGAAUGAACCUGGCUAAUGUCUGUCUUUGUGUUAUGAGAGAGACUUUUGCCACCGUUCAGUCUCGUAAUUAUACAGGCUCACUGAGGUGCAGACAUGGAAGUGCCCUGCUACUUGCCCAAACUGCUGUUUGAGCUCAACGAGCAACGUAAGCGGGACUUCUUCUGUGACUGCAGCAUCCUUGUCGAAGGCCGUGUCUUCAAAGCCCAUCGUAAUGUGUUGUUUGCUGGGAGCGGCUAUUUCCGGGCUCUUCUGGUUCACUAUCUGCAGGAUAGCGGACAGCGUUACAGCACAGCAUCAUUGGACAUUGUAACAGCCGAUGCCUUCUCUAUUAUCCUGGACUUCCUGUACUCUGGACGCCUGGCCCUAAACAGAAGCAAUGUGAUUGAGGUGAUGUCGGCAGCCAGCUACCUGCAGAUGACUGAUCUGGUAAACUUCUGUAAGGGAUACAUCCGUUCGUCUUUGGAAAUAUGCAACAAGGAGAAGGAAAGGAGCACAGAGAAGGAGAACCAGGCACAGGAUGGAGGGAUAGGUCCUGCAGACAGCGGCACUCCUGCUGCGACAAUCUCUAGUGGUGGAGCAGCUGUGGAGCCUCAUUCACUGGUUGCAGAGGCAGAUAGAGGAUCGGAUUUAGGUCCAGAGUCUGUGACCUCAGGGCAGGGCAGAACCCCUUUGUCUAUGCCGGUCGCCGCAACUCCUGGCACCAGCAGGGACGUGGACAGCGACUAUCAUUCCAGGGAGGAAUUUGGAUCAGGGAGUGAAGGACAGAAGGGGCACAUGGAUCAGUCUAAUCUCUCAUCCUCUUCAUCGUCUGCUUUGACCCCGGAGUUAGUGAACCCCAAGAUAGAGUACGAUCCCGAUGAGGAGCUUAUGGAAUCUCCUGACACCAAAGACCUGGCUUCAUAUACUGGGCCCUCUCUCCAUAACCCUCAUCAUAGCAGACUACUUCCCCCAAGUCCAUCUCCAUCCAACGAGCGCUGUCCUUUGGGAUACGGCCCUUCUUUUAAUGCUAGGCAGCUGAUGGAGAUAUUAGGUAGAGGUGAUGGCGCCAGUCCUCUGGGGGACAGAGUAGGGCAGCGCUUUAACCAAGGACUAGGUAGUAGCACAGGAGGAGGCAGAAUGGAUGAAGGUUUAGGAUUUGUGGGAUCAUCCAUCAUGGAGAUCCAGUCUGAUUGGCUUGGGGAGGACACAGGUGAUGGUUUGGUGGUGCCAGUGAAACUUCACAAGUGCCCAUUCUGUCCAUACACUGCCAAGCAGAAGGGAAUCAUGAAGAGACACAUCCGUUGCCACACAGGAGAGAGGCCCUUCCCUUGCCCCAUGUGUGGCAAGAGGUUCACAAGACAGGAGCAUCUUCGCAGCCAUGCCCUCAGCGUCCACAGGCACUACUGGCCAGUGUCAUGUAAGAGCUGCAGGCGAACCUUUACUGGAUCCAGUGUUUCACCAGGACUCAGGCGCUUCGGCAUUUGUGACAGUUGCAACUGUGUCACCACCACUCAUGAUGAUUCUGCCCCCGUUCACCAUGCCAGUCAACCAGAACCCAUGGAACGUUCCGAUGGUGGUACGGAUUGGUCAAGCUUUAUGGACGACGUAGAUGAGGUGGAGGUUGGCAGAGUGGAGGACUUAGUAGAGAAACAGAUGCUUGAAAGACAGCUGGCUGUCUGCACUGAUACUGGACCAGUCUGGACAAGAGACCCCUGCCCGAUUGAAUCUUUCGACCCAAAAAGUUGGGCAGAGCUAUUCCAAGCUUCUGGAGCCAGGUAUGUUGUAUUCACAGCCAAACACCAUGAUGGAUUCACAAACUGGCCUUCAGCACAAUCUCGGAACUGGAGCUCAGUGGAUGUAGGCCCACACAGAGACCUGGUGGGAGACAUGGCUUCAGCUGUCAGAAACAGGUCAAUGCACUUUGGUGUCGGCUACUCUCAGUUGGAAUGGUUCAACCCAGAUUACCUGUCAGACAAAGACUCUGGAUUCAAAUCUCAGAAAUUUGUUGAUGAAAAGGUUAUUCCACAGCUAAGGGACCUUGUUAUUCGGUAUAAACCUGAACUGAUCUGGGGUAAUGGUUACUGGGAGGCACCAGAUACCUACUGGAAAUCCAAGGAUUUUCUGGCCUGGCUCUACAAUUCCAGUCCAGUCAAGGAUGAGGUGGUUACCAAUGACGGGUGGGGUAAAGACACCAGUUGCAAACAUGGUGACUUCUACACCUGUAAAGUUGAUUACAUGCCUGAUAAACUUGUAAAUCACAAAUGGGAGAGAUGCCAGAGUAUUGACAAGAUUUCUUGGGGCUACCGGAAAGACAUGCAAGCAAGCGAGGUCAUGGACCUAUCAUCCAUCAUAAAUAACUUGGUGAGUGUGGUGGCGUUGGGAGGUAACUACUUGCUGACCAUUGGGCCAGAUGCAAAUGGCAAGAUUCAUCCGCUGUUUGAGGAAAGGCUGAAGGGACUUGGUGGCUGGUUGAAGACUAAUGGCGAGGCCAUCUAUGGUUCCAGACCUUGGAAGGUUCAGAAAGAGGACUGCAAAGGGAACUGCAAGGGGAAAUGCACUGUCUGGUACACUUCCAAGGAUGAUGCAGUUUAUGCCAUAAUUGUUGGCUCGACGUGCACCCGAUUGGAGCUCACAGAACCAAAAAGGACUAAGGACACAAAGGUUACACUUGUGGGCAAAUGUAUUGAAAUUAAACCGGAUGAUAAAUCAACUGACCUGAUAAUUCCUUUGCCUGAUAAUUCCAAUGCCUGGUGUCUGAAAUUGGAGGGAGUAGAGUAACAUCAGAAUAAUGUAACAAAAUCUAAAUGAAGUCGUUACACUGAGUUACAAUGAGGUCUUCUUUUUUGGGUCAAGGGUCUGUUAUACUUUACUUCCUAAGUGUGAUCAAGUAAUUAAUAUGAUUCAGGGUUCUCACCAGGAUUUUAUUUUAGAGUAAUGGGGUAAGGCGAGGGAGCGUAGCGACCGAGCGGGGGGAUGGGUCCCGACCCCCCUUCCUUGAUGCGAAAAUUUUGAAAAAUUGUGCCCAAAAUGGGCCAUAUUUGAGGUACCUGGAGGGAAUAAAUUGCAUUUUUUAUGUUGUAUAUACUUAGUGGAAAAUUGUUACAUCUUUGGAUCUUGGCAGUGUGUUACCUGCAAAGGGUGUUGUCAAAAGAUAUGUAAACUCAGACACAAACAAUAGAGAUAAUACACGUUUUCAAGCGUGAUGGAAAGCAUGUAUAACUGGUGCACUUACAUUUCUGACCAUGAAGAAAGAACGAAUGUCUCUUUUUUUGCGAGGGGGUCCGUCAUUCAUUGUUAUAAUUAUGACAUUCACCGAAGUCCAGCUCAAAGUCCAGCUCAAAAGAAAGCUAUCACUGGGAAUCGAGCGGGAGUUCAGUUGUCGUUUUUUUCCCUCUCUCUCUCUCGGGGAACUGAUUUCCAGGCAUCUGUCUCCUAGCAACCUAAAAUCAACAGCGCAGAGUACGCAUGUGUAGGUUCAUCAAACGUCGGCUACACCAUUGUAGGAAGACAGCACCAAGCAAACGUCAGCUGAUUUUGACACCUUGAAAACUGCUGAAGUGCGCAGGAAAAAAAAAAACUUUUGACGAUGGUGACGAAAACUGAAAACAGCCGUUACGCUAUAUUAAAAAUAACGUAACGGGGGGAAAUUGCCGUUGCGGUCUGAAAUUUUAGCGUAGCGGGCCGCAACCAUAUAAAGCGCUGGCGAGAAUUCUGUGAUUUAUUGUGCAAAAUGAUAUUAAGGCUGUCAAAGCUCAGAGUAACACUUAGAAAGCUCCACAAAUUAGGGUGAAAUGUCAUAUAUAAUCUAUAUCUUUUAAAAUUAAUAAUUUAAGCAUUGGUGGAUGGAUAUCUCUCCUUUUAAGAGUAGUCGUGUGUAUACAGGACAUUUGCUUGUGGGUGUUAUUGUGCUCUUGCUUGUUCACUUGAACCAUAUGACUAAAGCUGACAAAAAUGGAUCAUGUUUCUUCAACUUUUCACAUCACCUCAUUUAAAAAAAUAAAACGCAUUAAUGAAAACUCUGA